AUGCACCGUGUGAUCAGCAGCGUGGGCGGUGCUUUUCUCUCACUCUGUGUGUCGCUGGGAGAAGAGGAAGAAGAGAGACAGACCUGCAGAGACUACGGCAAAACAAAAGAACAAGAGCAGAGAAGAACAGGCAUCAGCGGCGACGCCAGAAGAGAAAGACCCCAACGUCCUGUCCGUGCUAACCGCAGACCUGUCUGUGCUAACCUCAGACCUGCUGUGCUAACCACAGACCUGUCCGUGCUAACCGCAGACCUGUCUGUGCUAACCACAGACCUGUCCGUGCUAACCACAGACCUGUCCGUGCUAACCACAGACCUGUCUGUGCUAACCACAGACCUGUCCGUGCUAACCACAGACCUGUCUGUGCUAACCACAGACCUGUCCGUGCUAACCACAGACCUGUCCGUGCUAACCUCAGACCUGUCCGUGCUAACCUCAGUCCUGUCCGUGCUAACCACAGACCUGUCUGUGCUAACCUCAGACCUGUCCGUGCUAACCACAGACCUGUCUGUGCUAACCACAGACCUGUCCGUGCUAACCUCAGACCUGUCCGUGCUAACCACAGACCUACCUGCUGUGCUAACCACAGACCUGUCUGUGCUAACCACAGACCUGUCCGUGCUAACCACAGACCUGUCCGUGCUAACCACAGACCUGUCCGUGCUAACCACAGACCUGUCCGUGCUAACCACAGACCUGUCCGUGCUAACCACAGACCUGUCCGUGCUAACCACAGACCUGUCCGUGCUAACCACAGACCUGUCCGUGCUAACCACAGACCUGUCCGUGCUAACCACAGACCUGUCCGUGCUAACCUCAGACCUGUCUGUGCUAACCACAGACCUGUCUGUGCUAACCACAGCCCUGUCUGAGCUAACCUCAGACCUGUCCGUGCUAACCACAGACCUGUCCGUGCUAACCGCAGACCUGUCCGUGCUAACCUCAGACCUGUCUGUGCUAACCUCAGACCUGUCUGUGCUAACCACAGACCUGUCUGUGCUAACCACAGACCUGUCCGUGCUAACCACAGACCUGUCCGUGCUAACCGCAGACCUGUCCGUGCUAACCACAGACCUGUCUGUGCUAACCACAGACCUGUCCGUGCUAACCACAGACCUGUCCGUGCUAACCACAGACCUGUCCGUGCUAACCACAGACCUGUCCGUGCUAACCACAGACCUGUCCGUGCUAACCACAGACCUGUCCGUGCUAACCGCAGACCUGUCCGUGCUAACCACAGACCUGUCUGUGCUAACCACAGACCUGUCCGUGCUAACCACAGACCUGUCUGUGCUAACCUCAGACCUGUCCGUGCUAACCACAGACCUGUCCGUGCUAACCUCAGACCUGUCCGUGCUAACCACAGUCCGUGCUAACCACAGACCUGUCUGUGCUAACCACAGUCCGUGCUAA